AUGGCCGAAGAACAACUGCCCGAACCAUCAACGUCGGGUGGCGACGAUAGCAACGGCAGCGACUCGAAUUCCGUCCAUUCCCCACCGCCCCCGCCCGUUCCAGCCGCCGACCCAAAACUGCAAGGCUCGACAGCCUCCGACCAUGCGCCAUCGCCGACCGUCGCAGACCAUAGCGACGACAUAUUCAAGGUCUCUCCGCAAGCCGCCUUAAGGCUCCUUAGUGCAGGGGUCGAAGCGCUGGUUACCAUGACAGGAGACAUUCCCCCAACGCCCCCGCCCCUGAGCCCAACAAUACCGAACAUGAGGGGGAUGGACGCAGAGAAGAUAAGCAUUGUACGGUCGAACUCGGAAAGGAGCCUAGCGCGGCUCGCCCAACGAGCGAGCGCGACGAGCUCCCCCUUGCCAGGGCGCUCUCCCCUCCAAAACGCGCAGUCGGCCUCCGAACCGGCGGAACCGUCAAGCACAACACCAUCACAAGCACAAGACAUUGACGGAGUACACCUGCGCGCACCACACUCUGCGCCGGCACCCGCGCCGCCCCUCGCAACGCAGAGGCCCCCCGCACCGCAGACACCCCCCUCCAGCGGCUCCCAGUCGCAAUCCCCGCAACCGCUCGUGCCGUACAUCAUCGUAGGCGAGAAUUCGCAGCCGCUCAACCGGCAGCACAGCGCCAUCACGCGCAAGUUCUACUGCCGCGUCCCGCCGCCCAUCUCCAUCACCGAGUACCUGCUCCGCGUGCACCACUUCUGCCCCAUGUCGGCCGGCGUCUACCUGGCCACGUCGCUCUACAUCCACCGCCUGGCCGUGCUGGAGCGCGCCAUCGUCGUGACCAAGCGCAACGCCCACCGCCUGCUGCUGGCCGGCCUACGGGUCGCCAUGAAGGCGCUGGAGGACCUGAGCUAUCCGCAUGGGCGCUUUGCGCGCGUCGGCGGUGUGACGGAGAAGGAGCUGGCGAGACUCGAGAUAAGUUUUUGUUUCUUGACUAGCUUUGAGCUGGCUGUGGAUGCGACGAUGUUGAGUCAACAUUGGGAGUUGUUGCGGAGGGGUACUGAGUGUUGGAGCGUAUUGGAGGACGAGUUGCGGCAGCAGGACCGCGGGUUUGUGCAGCUGGAGCAACCACCAGCGGGGAACGGGGUGGAGGCGCAGGCUUGA